UUGUCAAGUUUUCCGUCGCGUCAUUAACAAAAAAAAUCGAAUCGAAAAAGUUUUUUCCCCUUGUCCAGAGAGGAGCAGCAGCCAAAAACGAUUUGUUCGAUUUAAUUUCGUCGCGCGAGAAAAUCGGUCGUGUGUUUAUUUCCCGAAACUAGUGUGGUGUCAUCACUCCUACUCCAUCAUCAUGAACGCAUUCGGCGAUAAUUUCGAACAGCAGUCGGAGGUGGAUCCGGCGGCCGAGUUUUUGGCCCGCGAACAGAACGCCCUCGCUGGACUGGAGGAUGAAAUUCCCCCCGUGGCCGCUGGAGCGGGAGCCUCCGCCAAUGGUUCCGUCAAUGGCGAUCCCGUGCCGAAAGCAGAAUCGACAGGACUCGAAAACGAGCUAAACGGAAGCUUUGAAAUGAUCAGUAAUGCCGAUGCGCAAGAUCCGCCCACCACUACUACUGGCGAUAAUAAUCUCAACACAGAAGAUGAUAAUGAUGAUUUUGCAGGCUUCACAGUGCCGAAGCAAGUGACGGAGGAACCGGAAAAGAUACGCAAAUGGCGCGAAGAUCAGAAGGCUCGCCUGGAGGAAAAGGACCGCGAGGAGGAACGCAAAAAGGACGAACUGCGCGAACAGGCCCGUAAGGAGCUGGAGGACUGGUACAAGCAUCACGAGGAAACCAUUUCCAAGACAAAGUCAGCCAACAGGGAAUCGGCCAAAAACGCCGAAAAGCAGUUCGUAGCUGAGACGGACGAAAUCGAACCGGGCACGGAAUGGGAACGGAUCGCCAAACUGUGCGACUUCAACCCGAAGACGAACAAAUCAAACAAAGACAUCUCGCGUAUGCGUUCCAUCAUUUUGCAGCUCAAACAGAACCCACUCCAGGCUACGAAGAAGGUUUAAGGCGCACGGGCAGAGGUACGCUUUUACACGCAUCUAGCAUUCGUUUUGGGGGGGAUUAGAAAAGCAUAUACGCAGACAGAUCAAGAGAGAAUGGAAGUGAAGGAUGUGGGGAAUGGGACGAAUGGAUAGAAAGUUCAGGAGGUUAAAGCAAAUGAACCUCAAAGCGUUAUUGAGAUAAUAUAAAUAUUAACUAUAGUUAAUACAGUGCAACACUCGGACAUUGCACUACGCAAUGUGCAACGAACAUUGCACUACGCGCAACGUGCAUCAUGAUGGGUGGUAGCAAAAGGCGUAUAAAUAAUACCUGUAUAAGUUACUGGUUAAAGUUGAAGCAAAAAAAAA